AUGGAGCCUUUAAUCCCUCGAUCAGCUCCAUUGUCCCGGGCCGGAACACACCCAGAUUUCUGCAUCGAGACCUUCCUCUCCACGCGGGCAGACCCGGGUUCAGGGAACAGGGGCAGGUCAGGGAACCCGGGCAGGUCAGGGAACAGGGGCAGGUCAGGGAACCCGGGCAGGUCAGGGAACACGGGCAGGUCAGGGAACACGGGCAGGUCAGGGAACACGGGCAGGUCAGGGAACAGGGGCAGGUCAGGGAACACGGGCAGGUCAGGGAACAGGGGCAGGUCAGGGAACCCGGGCAGGGCAGGGAACACGGGGAAGCAAUUCUCAGCACUGACUGAAUUGCUCUUCUGCUUUCUGAGGGAGCCCAAGGAGGUAGAAAACUUUCUGACUCAGCUCUCAGACUUUGCCAUCAUGAAUAAAAUCAGCUUGGGCCCCUUGAAAAACAUUGUCAAAAGUAUUCUUCUGGUAUUUAACGGUGCCCUGAAGAGGAAUUUGUCUUCUGAACAAGUCAGAGCAGAUUUUAUUGCUCUAGGCCUCAGUGAAGAGAAAGCCAGUUACUUUGCAGAACAGUGGAAAGUGAAUUCCCCCACCCUGGCACACCUGGCUGUUGGUCAGACACUGGUGAUCAACCAGCUGAUGGAUAUGGAGUGGAGGUUUGGAGUGACUGCUGGGAGCAGUGAACUGGAAAAAGUGGGAAGUAUCUUCUUACAGCUGAAGCUGGUGAUUAAAAAAGGGAACCAGAUGGAAAACGUGUAUAUAGAGUUAACUUUGCCCCAGUUCUACAGUUUUCUGCAUGAAAUGGAACGGGCCAAAGCCAGUCUGGAAAGCUUCAGCUGA